GUGUUCGGUACAUUAAAGGACCUUAAUUUUCUCUUCUUUGGACGUGGGUUUGCCAUUUCAAGAAAUAUCCCUACAAAAAUCAUAUGAAUUUCUAUUGAAUCCUUAGUAAUUUGAGAGAUAUAAUGUGGAAGAAACAAAAGAAUGGAGUCAGUGGAGUUGGAAGAAGAAGAAAUCCUUCUUCUCUCUAUUUUGCCCACUAAAGAUGCGGUCACAUCAUGUGUUCUCUCAAAGAGGUGGCAUUAUUUCUGGACUUACUAUUUAUAACUUCCUUUUCAUUGAUCGAAAUUACAACAAUGUCCAAAAUUUCAUAUCCUUUGUAGACCACGUUUUAAUUCAUUCCACUUGUUCCAAAAUAAAAAAAAAUCUAACUCGAUUUUCUCACAGAGACUGGAAAUUUGAUUCGAAAAUGAGCAAAUGGAUCAGUUUUGCUGUGGAAAACAAAGUGGAAGAUGUUGUGUUACCUUCAUGUCUAUUUGCUCACGAUAUCACUUACGUAUUGCCUCUAUGUAUGUACACUUAUUCGUCACUGGUUACAUUAAAUUUGAGAUGUUGGGUGUUUGAUGAAGAAAUGGUCAUAGCUUCGAACUCUCUAAAGAGCGUAAAGCUGGACUCGACAACGUUAGAACAUGACUAUAUUGUUAAAAUACUGUCAAGUUGUCCUUUAGAAGAUGACUAUAUUGUUAAAGUACUGUCAAGUUGUCCUACUUUGGAAACUAGCGAGCUGUCAUUUUGCGAGGGUUGUCAUCGUCUAGCAAUUAUGUCUUCAAGUUUAUUAUGUCUUCAAUUUUAAGGAGACUUACGUUGAAAAACCAUUUGCAGCUUUCCUUCGAAGGAGAUGAGUAUUUGGAAAUUUUUGCCCCAUAUCUUCAGCAUUUAGAUAUUUCAGGAAAUCUUGGGACAUCUCGAGAUUAGGCUAGUAAAUGUCUCCUCUUUGGUUAUUGCCGGCCUCACUUUUAGCUUGGCUUACUUUUACUAUUUUAGCUAGAACAAAUACUUAAAAAUACCUUUUUAUUUUACCCAAAUACUUCAAUAGUGCUUAUAAGGUAUUUUGCCUGAAAAGCACCUAAAAUAAGCUUAAUCCAAACAGGCUCCAAUUUCUAUUGAAUUCACAAAAUCCUUUCCCUCUUGAAAUAUGGUUUCAUGCCAUUCCAGCAAAAAUGUUACAAGUAGUUCGAAAUAUUCAAUGUCGAAAAAACAAAAAAACGAAGUCACUGAAACCCUAGACGAUCGUCUCAGUCGGUUGCCAGACGAAGUCCUUGUACAAAUUCUAUCUCUUUUGCCGACGAAAGAUGCCGUCUCAUCAUGUGUUCUCUCAAAGAGGUGGCGUCGUAUCUGGACUUCUAUUGAUAACUUCAUUUUCAUUAAUCGAAAUUACAGCAAAGUCAAAAACUUCAUAUCCUUUGUCGACCACGUUAUAACUCAGUCCACUUGCUCCAAAAUAAAAAAAUUCCAAUUCGAUUUUGAUCGAAGUAACCGGGAAUUUAAUUCCAAAAUCAGCCCAUGGCUCAGUUUUGCCGUGCAAAACAAAGUGGAAGAUGUUGUGUUACAUUCAUUUGAUGACAAUCUCACUUACGAAUUGCCUCUAUGCAUGUACACUUGUUCAUCAUUGAUUACACUGAAAUUGAGCGGUUGGGUGUUUGAUGAAGGAACGGGCAUAGCAUGGAGCUCUCUAAAGAGCCUAACGCUGCACUUAACAGAGUUAGAAGACAGUAAUAUUGCGAAAUUAUUGUCAAGUUGCCCUGCUUUGGAAACCAUGGAGCUUUCAUUUUGCGAGGGUUGUCGUCAUCUAGAAAUUACUUCUUCAAAUUUAAAGAGACUAACGUUGACAAACCUUUCUGUCGCCGUAGAUGAUUAUUUGGAAAUUUUUGCCCCAAAUCUUCAGCAUUUGGAUAUUUCAGGAAAUCUUGGACAUAUUGAGAUUAGGCUAGUAAAUGUCUCUUCUUUGGUCAUUGCCAGCCUCACUUUUAGAUUGAGUUGUAUCAAUGAAGAGUGGGAGGAAGAUGAUAUUGAGGAAGACAGUUGCUAUGAUUAUCAUCAAGGUAUCAGAAACCUUAUUUUGGUCCAUCUUCAAAAGUUGAGUUAUGUGACUGAGCUAAUAAUUGGAGGAUGGUUUGCAGAGGUCGUGUUCAUGAUGAAACUUGACGGAGUGAUGCUUCCAGAAUUGAGAUGCAAAAGUCUAACUCUAAAGUUGCAUGUAUCGGAGCAUAAUCUGUAUGGAAUAGCCAGUCUUUUGCACACAUCGCCUCAUUUGGAGUCACUCAACAUACACAUCGAAUCUCAGUUUAAUGAUUCCUCCUCCUGCCAGCUUGAGCUAGGCUAUUUUGCCGAAGUAGAUAACAUCAAUUUGCCGAGUUGGAUCCCAAACACUGUGUUUCCCAAUCUUAAGAAUGUUAAGAUUGUCGGCUGCCCAAGAGAAUGUUUGAAGGAUUGGUCUGAAGGGGGCUUUUGUAAGCUUUUGGAACUUUUGAAGUUUCUACUAAUGAAUGCAGUGGCUUUGCAGAAGCUUGUUAUCGUAGCAAAGAGGAGAAAGUGCUGUUAUUGUUCAGAGAGCUGCGUGUCCCGACAUUUAUCACAAUUGGCUAAGAAAUUGUUAGACACCCCAAAAUCAUCAAAAAAUUCUGUGAUUAUUUACCAAGAGUUUGCUUAGCAUAACCAGACUGGAAGUUGUGUUGUUUCGGCAUACUAGAAAUGUUACCUUAUAUUUUAGCUUUUGAUUUA